GCCCCGCCCCCUACGCCUUUUCCUCGCCGCCGUAGAAUACGUGAGAUCUCGCGAGCUUCGGCUCUCGUCGGAGCCCAGCCCCUCCAGCGAUGCCCCCUGCUGCAGUGUGUGCGCGCGCGUGUCAGUGUGUGUGUAUAUAGCGGCCGGGGGAAAGAGCGCUACUGGCACAGGAGGAGCUGCGGCAAGGUUGGCGCUCGGCAUCCUGUAGACUGACAAAAAUACACGAGAGAAAUAAUAUAAAAAAUAAAAGGUCUGGAGGCGAGGAGAGACAGCGCACAGUAACCCUGUGUGUGUGUGGUGCGGUGUGGAGCUCCGAAAGAGGCUCGAGCCCCGUUGCCGGACCGUGCUGGUGGUGACGAUUUCGGGGCUGAGGUCGAUGCAGUCGCGGCUCCGGAACGUGCAUCGCUCUCCAGACGCCGGGCCCUUCUCGAUUCGCAUCCGUAGGUGGGAGGCGGCGCCGCGAGCGCGGGUCUCUGAGCGCGGCAGUGACGGAGAGGGUUUUAGCUCGACUCGGAAGCGCCAGUACAGUAGCAUCCUGGCGGAGUCCCUCUACUAGUACGGACAAAGACCGCGCCGUUGCCGCUCGACUAGUUCUGCCGGGGCGUCCCAUCCGGGGACGUCGGGAGGCUGCGAGAGAGGCGCCGCGCUGCUGAGGCACCGGACCGGAGCGCCGGACUUUCUGUCAGAACUCUUAAAUUCCGCGGCGGCGUUUCUGCCAUGUCAGCGCCGCCACCAUACACUUCUCCCGCGUCGGGAGACAAACCCCCGGCGGAGCUCGCCCUCCCCGGGGACCCUGGCUUGAAGCCCGCGGGUCCCACGCCGAGCCAGAGCCGGUUUCAGGUCGACUUGGUGGCGGAGGCGGCCGCCGCGUCCCCGGAGGAUGAGUGCGCGAGCGGCAAGCGCGCGGAGAAAGAGGCGGCGGCGGCGACUCCCGCCUCCGGACAGGAGCAGGCGGCAGGUGGUGAGGAGGCGAAGGGCCGGUUCCGGGUGGUGAACUUCAUGGACCCCGGCGGCGCUGGGAGCCCCCCGGACGCUGUUCCCGCCGAAGGUUUCCAGAACGGGGAUACGGUGAUGAGCGAGGGCAGCCUGCACUCAUCCACAGGCGGCCAGCAUCACUACCACUACGACACGCACACGAACACGUACUACUUGCGCACGUUUGGCCACAACACCAUCGACGCCGUGCCCAACAUCGACUUCUACCGGCAGACGGCGGCCCCGUUCGCGGAGAAGCUCAUCCGACCCACCCUGUCGGAGCUGCACGACGAGCUGGACAAGGAGCCCUUUGAGGACGGGUUUGCCAAUGGGGACGAACUUACGCCGGCAGAGGAGGCUGCGGCCAAGGAGGCAGUGGAGCCCAAGGGUGUGAUCAAAUUUGGAUGGAUCAAAGGCGUGUUGGUGCGCUGCAUGCUGAACAUCUGGGGUGUGAUGCUCUUCAUCCGCAUGUCAUGGAUUGUGGGCCAGGCUGGCAUUGGCUUUUCCUGUGUGAUUGUUCUCAUGUCCAUGGUUGUGACCACAAUCACUGGCCUGUCUACGUCAGCAAUUGCAACCAACGGAUUUGUACGAGGAGGUGGGGCAUAUUACCUGAUAUCAAGGAGUCUUGGCCCAGAAUUUGGCGGUUCCAUCGGCCUCAUCUUUGCUUUUGCCAAUGCCGUGGCUGUCGCCAUGUAUGUUGUAGGCUUUGCAGAAACUGUGGUAGAACUUCUCAAGGAUGCUGAUGCCAUCAUGCUUGAUGAGAUCAACGAUGUCCGAAUUAUUGGAGUCCUCACAAUCGUACUGCUCUUGGGCAUAUCUGUGGCAGGAAUGGAGUGGGAAGCCAAGGCCCAAAUCUUUCUGCUAGUCAUCCUGAUUACAGCCAUUUUCAACUACUUCAUUGGGACCUUCAUCAGUGUAGAGGCCAAAGAGCCCAAGGGUUUCUUAGGCUAUAAAGCUGAAAUAUUUCUGGAGAACAUUGGUCCAGAUUUUCGAGGCGAGACAUUCUUCUCCGUCUUUGCCAUCUUUUUCCCAGCUGCUACAGGCAUUCUGGCCGGUGCCAAUAUCUCUGGAGACCUAUUGGAUCCACAGGUUGCCAUUCCCAGAGGAACACUCUUAGCUAUUCUCAUAACUGGACUGGUGUACCUGGGUGUUGCAGUCACUGCUGGGUCUUGUAUUGUGCGAGAUGCCACAGGGAACAGCAAUGAUACCAUCAGCAGUCAGUUCCAGAACUGCACGGAUGCUGCCUGUAAACUUGGCUAUGACUUCUCCUCCUGUAAGGUGACUAGUGACUGCAAGUAUGGGCUCCAGAACGACUUCCAGGUUAUGACCAUGGUGUCUGGCUUUGGGCCCCUUAUCACUGCAGGGGUCUUCUCUGCUACACUGUCCUCAGCUUUGGCAUCCCUGGUCAGUGCCCCCAAAGUCUUCCAGGCCUUAUGCAAAGAUAACAUCUAUCCUGGCCUGAGCUUUUUCGCCAAGGGCUACGGGAAGAACAACGAGCCCCUGCGGGGCUACGUGCUCACUUUCAUCAUUGGCGUAGCCUUCAUCCUGAUUGCGCAGUUGAAUGCCAUCGCUCCCAUCAUUUCCAACUUCUUCCUGGCCUCCUAUGCCUUGAUUAACUUCUCUGUGUUCCAUGCAUCUCUGGCAAAUUCUCCAGGGUGGCGGCCCAGCUUCAAGUACUACAACAUGUGGGUGUCCCUGGGGGGUGCCGUGCUGUGCUGCGUGGUCAUGUUCGUCAUCAACUGGUGGGCCGCCCUGCUCACCAACGUCAUUGUCCUGGCGCUCUACAUCUAUGUGAGCUACAAGAAGCCAGAUGUGAACUGGGGCUCCUCCACACAGGCAUUGACCUACCACCAGGCCCUCACCCACAGCCUACAACUUAGUGGUGUGGAGGACCACAUCAAGAACUUCAGACCCCAGUGCCUUGUGAUGACUGGGUACCCCAACUCUCGCCCAGCUCUACUGAACCUGGUCCAUGCCUUCACCAAGAAUGUGGGUCUGAUGAUCUGCGGACAUGUCCGAACGACCUCCCGCAGACCCAACUUCAAAGAACUGGCCAACGAACAAAUACGCUACCAGCGCUGGCUGCUGAAAAACGAGACAAAAGCCUUCUACAACCCUGUUUUUGCAGAGGACCUCAGGCAGGGAACCCAGUGUCUGCUCCAGGCAGCUGGAUUGGGCCGACUUAAACCCAACACCCUUGUGAUAGGCUUCAAGAACAACUGGCAGAAUGGUGACAUGAAGGAUGUGGAGACCUACGUAAACAUGAUCCACGAUGCGUUUGACUUCCAGUAUGGUGUUGUGGUCCUCCGGCUGAAAGAAGGACUUGACGUGUCCCACAUUCAGGGUCAAGAUGAGCUGCUGUCCUCCCAAGAGAAGUCUUCUGGCAUGAAGGACAUCGUGGUCUCCAUCGACAUGAGCAAAGACUCAGAUGGUGACUCUUCCAAGCCCUCCUCCAAAGCCACCAGUGCCCAGAACAGUCCGGCCAUCCAGAAAGAUGAUGAUGAUGACACCAAGGCUCCCACGCAGCCGCUGUUGAAAAAAGAUAAGAGCCCCACCUUGCCACUGAACAUGGCAGACCAGAAGCUUCUGGAGGCCAGCCAGCAGUUCCAGAAGAAGCAGGGCAAGGGCACUGUGGAUGUGUGGUGGCUGUUCGAUGAUGGCGGCUUGACCCUGUUGAUCCCAUACCUCCUCACCAACAAGAAGAGGUGGAAGGAGUGUAAGAUCCGUGUAUUCAUUGGUGGGAAGAUUAACAGGAUUGACCAUGACCGCAGAGCCAUGGCGACCCUGCUCAGCAAGUUCAGGAUAGAUUUCUCCGACAUCACUGUCCUUGGGGAUAUCAACACAAAGCCAAAGAAAAAAAAUGUGGCAGCUUUCGAGGAGAUGAUUGAGCCAUAUAAGCUGAGGGAAGAUGAUAUGGAACAGGAGGCAGCCGAGAAGCUGAAAGCCGAUGAGCCGUGGAGGAUCACAGAUAAUGAGCUGGAGCUAUACAAGGCCAAGACUAAUCGGCAGAUUCGACUGAAUGAGCUGCUGAAGGAGCACUCUAGCACAGCAAACCUCAUUGUCAUGAGCAUGCCUCUGGCCAGGAAGGGGGCGGUGUCCAGUGCCCUCUACAUGUCCUGGUUCGAGACCCUGUCAAAGGACCUCCCCCCGAUUCUCCUGGUGCGUGGCAAUCACCAAAGUGUGCUCACCUUCUACUCCUAGGGCGGUCACAACCAGCUGGACCAUUGCACAAACCUCAGCACCAGACUGCAAAUUAUGAGGUUAAACCUUCAGCAACUGAUGAUGACAAUAAUGAUAAAGCAAGUGAGAUAAGGUGCGUUGAUGAUGCAAGGGGUACUGUCUUGCUUUGCUGGUCAGGUCUCCUGGUAGAGGCACAUGAGACUGGAGGGCCUUCUGUACCUUGGUUACAUCGAUUUGCUCCUGGUUUUUUGUUUUCAAUCUUGAUACAGAUUGAAAAAAGAAAAACACCCCCCCCCCUCUUUUUUUGUUGGUCCUCAUUUACUUACUCAUAACUUGUUUUUUGAAGCAGCAAUAAUCACCAGUUUUACUUUACCUCUGCUGAGAGAAACCAUGCAGAAUGCUUUGCAGCACCUUUUGUAGCCUUAUGGAUGUGCCUUCCAUGUGAAUUGACUAAAUUAAGCUCUCUUCCCAAUCAAAUGUAUAAAAAAAAGUAGAGAAGUUGAUAAAAUUUGAUGUCAUUCUGAAUGUAAAAAUCUAGUUUUACUGAAGAUUUGAGAGUGGACUUCAAGAAAUUGGUGAAAGUUUAAAACUUUUUUGCAUAAAAGGUUCUGGUCUAUUUAAUUUUUUCCAUUCAGUUUUCUGUUUUUCAGUCUUCCUCCAAGCUGUAAAUACAUCAGUGAAAGCAAAUCCCUUUGCUUACAUCACACAUGGUGAUCCACUGCAGUUAUUCAAGAUUUCUCAAUGUUAAUUUCUUUCAGUAUGUGCUUACAGAGCUGCCGGUAAGAACAUGACUAGGCAAAAUCACCGUUCCAAAUAUGGCUGCAGUUGGGUUGGAGUCGGCCUCAUUGCAACUAUUCAUGUGCAAAGGACUAUUGGUGUGAGUCAUCUUGCAGUUGAAGGGACAUCAGUGCUGCUAAAAGAAAUGCAUUUGAACCAAAAACAAACCUUAAAAUUUUUUAAAUUGGUCUGGUGUAAUCUCAGAAUGGAAUAAGAUUGUUGCCUUAGAGUAACUGUUGACUUUUACUUCUGAAUCAGUCCUCUUUUAAGCCAUAAUGGCCUACUGAUUGACACAAGGGUAACUAGAAGGAUAGAUGUAAUGUACCUUAGUAGGAGUAGUAGAAGCUGAUAAUGUCUAUAUAGCCACUAUUUAUAAAAAUAUAUAUAUUCUGUAAAUAUUCCAUUGGUCUCAUUUUCGUUUUCAGCAGUCAAUGCUCUUACUGCCACCAUUCCAUUAGAUGUGUCGAGUGCUUGCACUCCUCAGCCAAAGAGGGGUGGGAAUGUCCACACGCAAUUUACAGUGGGGAGGCUCUUCUAUGCUGUCCACCUAAAAGUAAGCGCACUGGCCAGAUUCUCCUUGUAACCAUUUUCAGAUGGCUCACUUCUCAUCUUUUCUAGGAAGAUGAUUCUACUCUUCACCCCCCCCCCCCCCCCCCUUGGGUUUUAAACAUGGUGGGACCCACAUUAAAACUGAUUUGUGUUGUGUAUAUGAUGAUAUUGCUCAGAUGAAGAUGUAGCAAUUUAUGGAUUAAACAAUUUUUCUUAGGAUGGGAAAGUGUCAAUACUAAGUGACCUUUCUGAGUCCAACCUGAUACCUCUAUGCAUGUGGAGUUUUUCAUUUGUUGACAGACCACUUUUUGCAAACUUUUUUUUUUUUUUUCCCCCUGUUGACCGAAGUUAUUGGUGUAACCACCAUAAUUUGGGAAUUCCACUUUCACACCCUCCCCCAACACACUUGAUACAGCCAUUGUGAAUCAUGAAGGUACAGUGGAGACACAGAUAUUGGGGGGUAUUUGUUCAUAAGAUACUGAAGUGAGCCUCAGUCCCAUUGGGCAUCUGGCUUAGACCACUGUGGGGCUCAAACUCUGAGUGGCAAUAGGAGGACCCCCUACUUCCACGCUCACGCCUUAUGCAGCAAACUGUAUGUAGGUAGCAGCAUCUAAGAGAAGCUACUUUCCUCUGCACUUCUGCCGUAUGCAUUUACUGGUCCUGUACGAAUGUAGUGUUUGGCACAAGGGAAGGAUGACUUGAAUGUAAACAUGAACACUAAAAAGUGAAUCAGUGUUUUGACAGUCUGUGAAUUACUAUAUUACUAUAAUAGUUUUGUGGUUGAGUGCUUCGGGGUUCUGCUUUGGAGAGUUCUCACAUUUCAGGUUUUCCCAGUCAGCACUCACGUGACGCUUCUCACAUAUGUUUUAUAUGAGUCGAUAUGCCAUGUGACUAAGUUUUGGAAAUAUAUUAUUUUUAAAAUCCUGUAAUAUUCCAGUGUAUAAAAUUACUUUUGAAAAAAGAGCAAUGCAUGUGAAAAUGUUUUUAAAUGGCAAGGUGGACUGGGUUUUGUUUUUAAAAUUCCAAAUGGUACCAAUCUAACUACUUGUUAAAACUCUGUACUGUUUUAGCUGUACAGCACUCAAAAAGCUGUAGGUGUCAAAGAAAACAUCCUCUGCCUGUUACCUUGCGGUGUAACAGGGCAAAAAAGCAGGAAAGGGGUUAGUGCUUGAUUUCACAUAACUUGAUGUUUGUCAACCAAAUAACGUGUUUGUGCGCGUGUGUUCAUUGACGUGUACAUAUACAUAGCUCAUGGGGUGUGAUACUGUAGCUUGAGUACUGUAGCUUGGGGAGUCUACAGCAAAACACUGAGUUGCGUCUCUGCUUAUUCCAACACUUCGAGUCCUUUCUUUCACCUGUUUUUGUCACCAAAGUUUUCCUCUUCCUGUGACUAGUGACCCUUCAAUACAGUAAGAUACGUGGUGAAUUGCAUAACUCGGACCCAUGUUCACACUGUUUCCUAGCCUGUAAAUAAUCAGUACUCUAAUGAGAAAUUGAGUGGAACAUUAAUGACAAAUUAAUAUGGAGACAAAUAUUUAUUUUCAGGU